AUGAGAGCCGCGCAGUACGAUAAGCCAAACGACAAAGUCCUCAUUAACCGCAUUCCCAUUCCCGAGCCCGGAGACGGCCAGUACCAAGUCAAAGUCGCCGCCGCCUCUCUCUGCCACUCCGAUCUCAUGAUGAGCGUGCGACCCGACAGCAUCACCCGGCCCCUCACAAUCGGGCACGAAGGCGUCGGCACCAUCUCUAAAAUCCAUCCUUCAGCGGAAGGGAAAGGUUUCAAAAUCGGCGAUCGCAUCGGCAUGUUCUACGUCAUCGACUGCUGCUUUGACUGCGAUGGGUGCAUCGCGCACGGCACCUUUUGCACCAAGCCGAGGAACGGCGGGGCGAAGAUUCAGGGGUUGGGCGCGGAUGGCUUUUUCGCCGAGUAUGCAGUCAUUGACUGGCAGAAUGCGCUUCGCCUUGACGAUGCCUUGCCGAUUGAGAGGAUGAGUCCGCUAUUCUGCGCCGGCAUCACUGCUUUCCACGCCGUGGAUAAAUGCGAGCUCGAACCUGGUCAAUGGAUUGCGAUUAUCGGUUGCGGUGGACUAGGACAGCUGGCUACACGCUACGCCAAAGCCAUGGGUCUCAAAGUCAUCGGAUUGGAUGUGAACGACCGCAUGCUGGACAUCGUCAAGGAGACGGGUGCAGACGCAACGUUCAAUCCAAAGUCGGACCCGAAAUUCAACAGGCAACUGCCGAAGUUGACGGGCAAACGGGGGGUUCACGCUGCUGCGGUGUUUAGCAACUCCCACGCCGCGUACGCCACUGCUCAAAAGGCCCUGGCGUUCGAUGGGGUGCUCAUGAUCGUUGGACUGCCCGAGACGCCGCUUCAAUUCCGCGCUUACCAGAUCUCGUUUGGCAUGUUUCGAGUCAAGGGAGCGAGCAACGGCACGGUAGCCGAAGCGCAAAAAGCGGUCGACUUCACGGCAAAGCACAGAAUCAUCCCCGAUGUGGUCUUCCGCAACCUCGACGAAAUGCCGCAGAUGUGGGACGAGAUGAACAAGGGAACGGCAGAGAAGAGGAUGGUGGUUUCGUUCGUGGAGAGCAAGAGUAAGAUUUGA